AAUACGGUUGUAAAAUAUACAUGAGGUAGUUUAAAUUGUUUAUUUAAACUUGUUUAUGUGAUUUUAGGAUGAAAACUUAUGUCUGUGUUAUUGACUUAUGAAAUUUUAAUCAUUUUAAAAGAAAUGCAUUAUACUUGAAUAAGAUGAGUCUAGUUUAAGUAUUAAAAGGAAUACAUGAGUGUGCUAAGGUUUACACGAAUAUUUGCCAUAGAAAUGUGUAUGUGUAAUGGCAUCGUUAUUUUUGGUUUAAAAACCAAAUGCUUGGAUAAAAUAUUUUAAAAAAUGGAGCUUAAAGACAUCAACACCAGGGUUCCUUCUGUUGCUGCAAGGUAUGACAGUCGGGCACACUCUGUUGAAAGAAUAGAUUCUAUCAGUCAACCAGCUGCUUACAUAUCUGAAAAGAAGCAAAACCCUUUAGAAGCGGUGUAUACAACAUUUGAAAAUUUCAUGAAAGAAAACUCAGACAAAUUUUUUAUAAUAGCAAAAGGUGUGCUGUCACUUGGUUAUAUUGCAUACUUUAUCUGUGCAUUAACAUAUCAUUUUGGGGACGAAGGUUCUCUUCGACUUCUAGGAUGCACCAUUUUGGCUGCGUGGAUUUUUGGUUGGAAGGUGUUCAGUUUUACAGAUUUCUACCCAAAAUGGAUUGGUUUCAUACAUACAGUCUAUAUUGAAUACUGCAAAGGAAAACGAAGACUGUUAGUACGAUGGUUCCUGUACAUAGCAAUGACACUGUUCAUGGUUGUGUAUAUUAUCGUGUUUGUGGCUAUGAAGACACCAGGAAACCUCAGAUCAUUGCUUGGGCUGUUUAUCUUUCCGCUGCUUCUGUUUCUAUAUUCCAACAAUAGACGAUUGGUAAACUGGCAUACAAUUUUCUGGGCAAUGGCCCUUCAAUUUAUCAUGGCUCUUUUAGUACUGAAGACUCCAUGGGGAGCGUCCAUUAUUGUUUGGUGUGGUGAAAGAUUGGAGGAGUUUGUUGCAAAUGGUGAAGCUGGUAGUGUGUUCAUCUUUGGAGAAAAGUAUACAGAUCACGAAUUUGUUUUUGGAUCUAUGGCCAAAGUGUUCACUUUUAUUGUCGGAAUGUCCGUCCUUAAUUACCUCGGUGUUGUCAAGUAUAUUGUGGAAACAUUUGGCAGAGCUUUGGCAUUUUUCCUUGUCAUCAGUCCCCCAGAAGGAAUAAAUGCUGUGGGCAAUAUAUUUUUGCAUGUGCCGGAGUCGGCAAUGCUAGUUCAAGAGUACCUGCCGGAAAUGACGCCAUCUCAACUGUUUGUGACGUAUGCCGGAGGCUUGUCAACUGUCGGAGGUGUAGCACUAGUCAUUUUUAUGUCUUCAGGGGUACCUGCGGCUCCCUUGGUUGCCGCCUCUGCUAUGUCCGCACCAGCUGCUCUUGCGGCUGCGAAACUAGCAUUUCCAUCAUAUGACGAAGAAGAGAUUCCGAAGCCCUGUGAUGAUGGUGAAAACAAACCUUCAGCUAAAGCAAGUUUUCUUAGACAUCCGCAUUCUUUGAUGGAUGCCAUUAUUGUAGGUAUCAGCCAGAGCGUAGCAAUAGUUGUGCAAGCUGUGGCCUAUAUAAUGACCUUUGUCAUCAUACUUAGCUUCGUAAACAAAACUCUUAUUUGGUUUGGUGACAGGGUUGGUGUACAAAACAUGACAAUAGAGUUCUUAUUUUCCUACGUGUUUUUCCCACUUGCAUAUAUUAUGGGAGCCCGAGCAGAAGAUUGUUUAUUUAUAGGCGAGCUACUUGGCAUUAGGACAUUUAGUCUAGCCGUUGUGGCCUAUCCAAAAUUAGGCCCAAUUAUUCAGAAUGGUUUAAAAUUUCGACAAUAUGUUGCUGAAGGUGUAAACAAUACGUGGACCAAAGUUGGAAAUGAUAUUUUCUUGGACAACCUAAAUCAUACGUUAGUGGGCGGUAUUAUGGAAGAAAAAUCAGAAAUAAUAGCAACGUAUGCAUUAUGUGGCUCUGCAUCAUUUGCUGUAAGCGGGUUUAUCAUUGGAUCGUUUGAAGUAAUCGUACCAUAUAGAAUAAGGGAGAUAACCGCACAUAUGCCAAGGGCAAUGGUAGUAGGCACAGUGGCGAGUUAUCUUACAGCAUGUUUUGCAGGUCUGCUGUUUGAAGGAGACAUUUAGUUCAUACAGAUGAGCCUAUCUUAGUGACCACCUGUAUUAAACAGCCACUUGCCUCAAGUAGUCAGUCAGCAUACUUCCCAAACAGAUUUGUUUCUUCUAAUCUUAUUUGCCCUAAGCAGACGAUUGUUUUAAGAAGCCAACUGCUUUAAGUAGCCAGUUGUUUGUGUCUCUCCCUUGACCGUGUGCUUAGUAUAAGUUAAAUUGUGUGUCUAAGUGAUGUUAAAAGUUAAUAAAAUCAAAUUUCAUUAUUUGA